AUGAGCACCGGCGUGUACCAGUCCCCCAUGGAGGUGGCUGUCUACCAGCUCCACAACUUCUCUAUCUCCUUCUUCUCCUCCCUGCUCGGGGGGGACGUGGUCUCCGUGAAGCUCGAUAACAGCGCCUCCGGAGCCAGCGUGGUGGCCAUCGACAACAAGAUCGAGCAGGCAAUGGACCUGGUGAAAAAUCACCUGAUGUACGCUGUGCGGGAGGAGGUGGAGGUGCUGAAAGAGCAGAUCAAAGAACUGUUGGAGAAAAACUCCCAGCUGGAGCGAGAAAACAGCCUUCUGAAAACCCUCGCCAGCCCUGAGCAGCUGGAGAAGUUCCAGUCGCGGCUGCCUGCGGAGGUGCUGAGCCCACAGGAGCAGAGCCCUGGGGCACCAGCCCCGGCUCAGCACACCGGGGGUUCUGCGGUAUAAGGUGGCUCUGUCCUUGGGGUGGGCAGAGCCACGGAACUCUUUCUACUUCCAAUCUCCCGCAAAGUCGUUUCCGCCUUCGUCUUACGGAGGACUGCCAAAGCCUGGCACCUACAGGGGUGCUCAGAGGUGCCCCCCGGGCAAGCCCGUCCAGACAUUGAGCCAGCUGCUGCCUCCUGCACGGAGAUGCUCUUCGCCGAAGGAGACGCGGAGCUGCAGCGGACACCCCU